GCUGUCAUGACGUCACUAAUGGUAGUGCGUGACGUCAUAACUUCGCGCUGCAAACGCUAUUCCUUCUGAGGUAGUGUGGCGGUAGCGUUAGCAUUUGCGGCGUUUGCGAGCUUUGUGAACACGUGAACGUUUGUGACCGUGACCUACAGAAAGGAAGAAAUUUUGAAUAUUUUUGUACAAUUAUGGACACGGUGGACAUUAGUCUUCAAGAUCCUGAAACUAAUCAGGUGUAUACUAUUAAAGUUUCUUCGGCUGAUGUCGUUAGAGCCCAAAAUGAUGUAUUUUUUGCUACAUUAUUACUAAAUAAUGCACGCCACACUUCCACCAACAGCACAAGUUAUGAUGCAUUUCAACACGUGUUACCAGGGCCCAGCAGUAGCCCUUCUAACAAUGGUUUUACAAAUGAGAAAAUCUGUGAUACAGAAGUGGAUGCCGUAGAUUCUUAUGAUCAAAAUAUGAACGAGGAGUCAGUAGGGGAAAAUUUCAGAUGGUCUCAUGAAGCAGUGCUGCUUUUAAUAGAUGAAUACACAACACGGGAAAAAAGUAUGUCAACUGGAAAAAUGUCGCAUAAGAAAGCAUGGGAUGAAAUAUCUGAAGCAAUGAACGCAAAGGGGUAUUCAUUCACAGGAAAGCAAUGCAGCACUAGACUCAACACAAUGAAACGAACAUACAAGGCAGUGAAAGAUCACAACGGAAAAUCAGGAAAUUCUACAAGGACGUGUCCGUAUUAUGAAAUCAUGGAAAAUUUGUUUGGUUCCAAACCGUACAUGGCUCCUUUAUCUACAAUAUCGUCAACUGGCACCGAAAUUUCCAAUUGCCGCAGUUCCAAUUCCAGUUCCAGUUCCAUAUCUUUAGACGGCAAUUGUCAUGUUUCUCGUCAACGUAGGACUACUGAUGUAGCCACUACUGAAGAAACCAAAGAAAGAAGGCAUCGUGAGAAAAUGGAAUUAGGAAUGAAACUAAUGGAUAAGCUGGACAAAUUAUUGGAAAAAUUGUAAAGUAAACCGUAAGUUACAGUGAUUAAAUAUUUAAUCAGUUACAUACGUAGAACGCGCGACUACAAAAAUUACUGGAAAGCGCAUUGCACGUAAUGCAAAAUAAAUAUUACUUUAUAGCAGGUUAUCCGGCUAGUUCCAUCGAAUAAAUAAACGUAAUAACUCACGUGAAAUUCUCUACGUAUGCAAAAACCGCCAACACGCGAAUAUGUUUAUGACAACGAAAUAACAAUAGGGAUAAUGGUGCUUACGCGAAUGUAAUUGAAAAUUUUACAUGAGUUUGCAAAAUUCUUUGUUAUACAUUGACGUCAUUUCCUAGCAACGAAUGCUUAGCAAACAUUAAUUUAUCAUAUUUUGGCGAUGCAGCCAACCGUAUUUUCAUAAAUUAAUCACUUUACUGAAAGAGAUAGCUGGUUUAUUAAAAUUACAGAUGCUUAAUUAGAUAGCCUAGCAAUUUUUAAGUAAUUAUACAUAAUAAAUUAAUGAAUUUGAGUUGUUUUGUGUUUAGUAACAUAAAAUUUUGAAAUUCGAAAGACAUCUCUAUGUAAGUAAACUGAUUUAUGUUAAUAUUAUUAACCUAUUUUCUAAAUAUUGGAUAUUAAUAUUGAAUAAUAAAAUUGUUUCAAGGCAGCAUUGCAAACAAAAUAUUAAAAUUAAUGUUAUAUAUGCGUGUAUGUAUGUAAUGUAAUGUGUCGCAGUAAAUUGUAAAAUUAUUGUCACAACUCACUUGAAAAUAAUUCGCGAAUAACGUUUGCAUAAUUAAAUUUCCUAAACGGGCAAAUAAAACACCAGCUACUGAAUCGGUAGUUUGUAUACCGUAUUGCGGGAUGAAAAUGUUCUUGUUUUUCCGAGUCGCGCGGUAUUUUGAGGAUUUCAAAAGCUUUCCGGAGAUUCAAAAAGAAAAUUACGUGGUAAGCGCGUCAACAAAAAGCCAAAUACAUGUAAAAGUUACCAAAGCAAAAUGCAAUUAUCUAUUUAAUAUAUAUAUUUUAGUAGUUUUAAUAACAAAAGAUUAUAUAUACCAUGACAAUAAUGAAGAAACUAAUUAAUGUACAAAUUUGUUAGUUAUGUCCGCGAGGA